CCCAGGUCAGUGGAUGGUUUCGGCCGAAGCGGUGAGUGAAUUACUUCGGCCUAGACUCGCGGGGAUUCUGCGGCCCUUGUCCCCUAGCUCUGUGCGCCUGCGUCGCUCCCCAGGUGCCAGGGUCUCGCGCAGUGGGACCCCGGGAAGGACCGGGCCAGGCGGGACCCCGGGGGGUCUCGGGGCGGGCGAGGAUGCACCGACGGUAGCGGCGCUGAGGGGCCUCCCGCCGCCCUAACCGCUCCUGCCCCCGGCGUCCGCGAAAGAGCCAGCCAGCCCCCCGCCAGGUUGGGAGCAGCCAGAGGCCGGGGGAUGAACUGCCGGGCCGAGGUCCUGGAGGUGUCCGUGGAGGGGCGGCAGGUGGAAGAGGCCCUGUUGGCCGUGCUGCACACAGUGCUCCUGCACCGAAGCACUGGCAAGUUCCACUACAAGAAGGAGGGCACCUAUUCCAUUGGCACUGUGGGCACCCAGGACAUCGACUGUGACUUUAUUGACUUCACCUACGUGCGGGUCUCUUCAGAGGAGCUGGACCGGGCCCUGCGCAAGGUUGUUGGGGAGUUCAAGGAUGCCCUUCGAAACUCUGGAGGCGACGGCCUAGGGCAGAUGUCCUUGGAGUUCUACCAGAAGAAGAAGUCCCGGUGGCCCUUCUCUGACGAGUGCAUCCCGUGGGAGGUGUGGACGGUCAAGGUCCACGUGGUGGCCUUGGCCACGGAGCAGGAGCGGCAGAUCUGCCGAGAGAAGGUAGGGGAGAAGCUGUGCGAGAAGGUGAUCAACAUCGUGGAGGUGAUGAACCGGCACGAGUACCUGCCCAAGAUGCCCACGCAGUCAGAGGUGGACAACGUCUUUGACACGGGCCUUCGAGACGUGCAGCCCUACCUCUACAAGAUCUCCUUCCAGAUCACGGACGCCCUGGGCACCUCAGUCACCACCACCAUGCGGAGGCUCAUCAAGGACACGCUGGCCCUUUAGUGUCCAGGCGCCAGGCCCAGGGAGAUGGCCUUGGUGGGGGGCAGCUGGCUCCUUUCUCUCCUUGGGGACUUAGUGGGCAAGGUGCAUGUGGAGGGGGGGGCGCCUGCUCUAGGUUCCCAAGGGAGGGGGGUAUCUGGAGGGGCUGCGACACAAGCCAGGGGGCCAGGCUUCCUGGAAUAACCUGUUAUCCUCGGGCCCUUCUUCCUCCUUCAACGGAUCUCUUGAACUGAAUCUCCCCUUCCCUUCCCACCCCUCACCUUUUAUUUUGCUGACAACAAAGGCUCCCUCCCAAACUGCUGAAGAUGGGUUCCUCCUCAGGCCCUUUCUUAGGACACUGUUACUUUCCCUUCAGAGUUCCUUCCCCCUGCCUGAUCUGUACAGAAAACACUAAGUAGUGAAUAAAAGUUGGAAAUGCGA